AGAGGUCGAAAGAAGAUGAGUCAUCUGAUGAUGACAAUUAUCAACCAUACAUUCCUCUAAGAGAGCGAAGAAAGCAAAAGAUUUCAAAGUAUGAGAAUUACUUGGGUAGAGUUGGUGCACUAAGGGAGGAAGAGAAAAGGGGAGGAAGUAGCAGUGAGAAGGAAGACUGGAAUGCGGACCAUGCUGAUGAGGAGGAGGCAGAGGGGGCCAUUAACAUUGGACCAAAGCUUGGCAUCAGCUUGUUGGACCAGCACAGUGAACUUAAAAAGCGUGCCGAAGCACGGAGAGAGACUGCAAGAGAGAAGCAGCUGAAAGAAGAGGAAAGCAUUCUGUUGAGCGUUGCAGAGAAAACUGCCCUCAUGGGUGUCGCUGAGUUGGCCAAGGGAGUUCAGUAUGUUGACCCCAUCAAGACGUCGUGGCGACCACCGCGCUAUAUCCUGGAGAUGCCAGAGUGGAAGCAAGAACGAGUGCGUAAGAAGUACUUCAUAAUCACAGAGGGCGAAAACGCACCACCACCUAUCAAGACAUUCCGGGAGAUGAAGUUUCCUAAGCCAAUAUUAAAUGCACUGAAAAAGAAAGGAAUCCUCCAUCCAACACCAAUUCAGAUGCAAGGAAUGCCCGCUGUUUUGUCUGGGCGUGACAUGAUUGGCAUAGCAUUCACAGGAUCAGGGAAGACGCUAGUCUUUACGCUGCCCAUCCUCAUGUUUUCUCUGGAGCAGGAGACGCGAUUGCCAUUCUUCAGUAACGAGGGUCCAUACGGUCUCAUCGUCUGUCCGUCGAGAGAGUUAGCUAAGCAAACAGCUGAGAGUCUCGUGCAACUUAGUCAAGUUCUUGAAGAGGCAGGCAUGCCACAGCUCAGAACAGCCUUGUGUAUAGGUGGCACUGCUGUCAAAGACCAGAUGGAAAUAAUAAAACGGGGCGUUCAUAUUGUUGUGGCAACACCUGGGAGACUCAUGGACAUGUUAGCAAAGAAGAUGUUGAACUUGGACAUCUGUCGCUAUCUGUGCUUAGAUGAGGCUGACAGGAUGAUAGACAUGGGCUUUGAGGAAGACGUUAGAACGAUAUUCUCUUACUUCAAGGGCCAGCGUCAGACGCUACUCUUCUCUGCAACCAUGCCGAAGAAGAUCCAGAACUUUGCGAAGAGCGCUCUCGUGAAGCCGGUUACUGUGAACGUGGGCCGCGCUGGCGCCGCCAACCUCGACGUCAUUCAGGAGGUGGAGUACGUGAAGCAGGAGGCGCGCAUCAUCUACCUGCUCGAGUGUCUGCAGAAGACAGCGCCGCCUGUACUGAUUUUUGCCGAGAAGAAACAGGAUGUAGAUGCGAUCCAUGAAUACCUGCUGUUGAAGGGUGUCGAAGCUGUGGCCAUCCAUGGAGGGAAAGAUCAGGAAGAACGAAGCACAUCAGUGGAGGCCUUCCGUGCAGGCAGGAAGGACGUGCUUGUAGCAACUGACAUUGCUUCAAAGGGGUUGGACUUCCCUGAUAUAAAACAUGUCAUCAAUUUUGACAUGCCAGAAGACAUUGAAAACUACGUGCAUCGGAUAGGCCGUACUGGUCGCAGCGGUAAAACCGGCAUUGCUACCACCUUCAUCAACAAGUCGUGUGAGGAGUCCGUACUGCUGGACCUCAAACACCUGCUCAUAGAGGCAAAGCAAAAGGUGGCACCCUUCCUGGCCGCACUCUUCUCCGAGAAUGAGCAGUAUCUCAGCAUUGGAGGUGAGCAGGGCUGUUCUUACUGUGGCGGUCUGGGUCACAGAAUCAACAUCUGCCCGAAGCUGGAGGCGAUGCAGACAAAGCAGGCGAGCAACAUUGGCAGGAAGGACUACCUGGCACAGGGAGCUGCAGAUUGGUAGGCGUGUCUGCUCUAGAGGUGAGCCGUCACGACCUUCAUGUCUAACCAUUUGCGUUCCUGACGCAUCCUUACUAAAAUUACUACUCUCUCUCUCUCUCUCUUUCUCUCUCUCUCUCUCUACCUCUCACUCUCUCCUCUCUCCU